GGGAGGUUCACUCCGGCCGCGGCCGCACACUCGGCCUGCCGUAGAGCCAGGCUGGGCGCAGCGACCGAGGCUGCUCCCGGGCUGCGCGGGCUGGGCGCGCGGGGAGGCGGCGAUCGCAGUUGGGCCGGGACUUCCUUCCUCCACCGCAGGACAACAAAACAAGCCGGCCGCAGGCACCAAGCUCUUGGCGAUCGUUUGGGGCCGGAGGCGCAGGGAUGGGCUCCGUGCUGAGCAGCGAUAGCGGGAAAUCCGCGACCGCCUCGGCUACCCCACGGGCCCUGGAGCGCCGGGGGGACCCCGAGCUGCCCGUCACGUCCUUCGACUGUUCCGUGUGCCUGGAGGUGUUGCACCACCCCGUUCGGACCCGCUGUGGCCACGUAUUCUGCCGUUCUUGCAUCGCUACCAGUCUAAAGAACAAUAAAUGGACCUGUCCUUACUGCCGGGCUUAUCUUCCUUCCGAAGGAGUUCCAGCAGCUGAUGUCGCCAAGAGAAUGAAAUCCGAGUUCCGCAAUUGCACCGAAUGUGACACUCUGGUUUGCCUCAGUGAAAUGAGGGCACACAUAAGAACAUGCCAGAAGUACAUAGAUAAAUAUGGACCACUGCAAGAACUUGGAGAGACAACAACAAGGUGUGUAUGUCCUUUUUGUCAGAAGGAAUUGGAUGAAGACAGUUUGCUGGAUCAUUGCAUUACUCAUCACAGAUCAGAAAGGAGACCUGUGUUCUGUCCGCUUUGCCGUUUAGUACCUAAUGAGAAUCGAAGCAGCUUCAAUGGCAGCUUAAUAAGACAUCUGCAAGUCAGUCACACUUUGUUUUAUGAUGAUUUCUUAGAUUUCAAUAUAAUUGAGGAAGCUCUUAUUCAAAGGGUCUUAGACCGAUCACUUCUGGAAUACGUGAAUCACUCAAACACCACAUAACUGUAUUAAAAGAAAAGAGAAGGAGGCCGUACAAUUGCACCAUUUUUUUUUUUUUUUAAGAUGCUGCUUGAAAAAUUGUAGGGAAGCUGUCAAUGUCUGAUGGGCAGAAAAGUGUACAACACAUUCUAUGUUUGUCCAUGUUUAUUGUUGUAUUGCAUUUUAAAACUGCUUUCACUUUGAUGA